AUGGAUACAGAAAGCCACCACGGCAGUGGUCACCAUGACGAUGGCCGACACCAAGACGACAGUCAACACCAAGGCGAUGCAGGGGACCAGGGAUACGACGACAGCGGCAACUACGGGAAUGAAGAAGAAGUCGAUUAUCGUCAGACGAUCAAAAUCCAGAUCGACACUCAUAUCGACGAGUAUGAGCGGGUCAUGGGCGACUCUUCACUCUCGGAGGAGGACCAGCAAAACAGCCUCCGUCGAAUACUCCGAGCGCUCAAGCGCCACGCCAAAGAGCUUCGCGAUAUGGACCCGGACGACCCAGAGGUGAAGAACUCGUACAAGCUGUUCAAGUACGCGCAUACGGGCAGGUACGUCCCGCACGAGGGCGAGGAUGUCAACUCGCACGUCCCCUACAAGCACGAUCUCAUGGGCGAGGAGUCGGAAGACAAUUCGGACUCGGACUCGGACUCGGAUGCCGGGAGUGAGGCCGGCGUAGAAGACGAGUAUCAAGAGGAGCAGGGGGAGUGGGAUCAAGAAGGAGGAGACCAGAGCCAGGAGCAUGGAGGGCACCAUGGGGGCUGUGGCGAGCACGACGGCGGUGAGUGGGGAGAAGAUCAAGGUGAAUGGGGUCACGGUGGCCAUGGAGGCGACCAGGGCGAAUGGGGUCACGACGGGCACGGAGAGGAUCAAGGUGAAGGCGAAGGUGAAUGGGGCCAUGGCGGCUACGGAGAGCACGGUGGUGAAGGAGGGUACGAAGGGGGAGAGGAGCACGAUGUGCCUCAUCAUGAGCACUACCCAGACCACUAG